UUAUAAAAAAUCCAACCCAAACAAAUAUUUACCAAGCCCAUACCAAAAAUAAAAAGAUAAAAGAGUUACUCGAGAGAGAGAGAGAACGAGGGAGAGUCUGAAACCCUAAGAUCGUGAUUCCAUCGCAACCGUCGUUCAUCUCCUUGCCGCCGUUGCCGCCAAGUCUCCUCCGUCAACGCAUCACCCGCUGGAGUUAUAAAUGGUGGCCAGCUCACGGAGGAAGAAGCUUAGACUCUUUCAAAGAGUUGCUACAGAUGGUUGAGAGCAGUGAAAUUAACAGAUCUCUGUUGGCACUUCUUGAUGAAAACAUAGCCGAUGCACAUAGGAGUAGCCAAAAACAAGCUGCAGAAUAUAUGGAGAAGCUUCGCGGGGCUCUACUCAAGUACAUUACAGUUCGUAUCUUUCCUCAGUUAGAGGAGAUCCAAUUGAGGAGAAUGGAGAAGUUAAAAGACAUAUGGCCACAUGAAGACGAAGAUGGAAGACUCAAAGAUCAACUUCGUAAUGAUAAUUUUUCUUCUUUACAGGUAAGUCUUCUGCUGAGGUUUGAUUUUGUGGAAAAAUAAAUGUAUGUGUAGAUUAGGAUGACAACAAAUAAUAAAUAGAGGUUUGAUAUGCUGUUGUGAUCUCUUUCAUUUGUUGCCUGCUCCUCUAGAUCCCAAUGAACUGAUUUAUAUACCAUGUUAAUAUUUAUUACUUAGUGUUUAAUUCCAUGUCAUUAAUAUUUUGGUAUUUAUAUAAAGAAUUUGUCAUAUCGCAGAGCAUGUAAAUUCCUUCUGAUUGUAGGCCUCUUUUUUAUGGCUAAAAUUGAAACCUUGCCUAUGAGAAGGUUGCAUUUUAAAUAAUACAUACAUGAAUUCUGUUGUCUUUUGAUUUUUUAUUUUCAUUUAUUUACUUUUAUAGAGACAACUAAUAGAAACAAAGGAGGCAAUUGAACGUCAGCGCAAAUUAUUUAAGAAAAUACAAUAUGGUAUUAUCCUAUUACCCCUUCUCUAUUUAGUUCAUUGUUUCCUAAAGUUGGAGGGGAGGGCUUGACCGCUUGAGUGGAUCAAAUGUAGGGUUGUUUUUCAUCUUACCAUUUUUCAUUCCCCUUCUUUUUUAUGCGUACUAGUUAUAUGAACAUAUGAUGGCUAUGUGUCAAUCAAGGCAUUUAGUACUUUGUAUUUAUUGACAUCUAAUGGCUUUCAUUAUGUAUUCACUUUUCAGAUAUAUAAAUAAUAACUAAUAUUAUGCUCCUUUUGACAGCACAAUUACUUGUAUAAAUAAUAACUAAUUAAUUAACAUUUCAAUUAUUUGUAUAUACUUGUGUAGUUAUAGUUGAUUAAUGGGCUUAGUAAUGUAGAGUAAAUAACGGUCUCUAUUCUCAUGUCCUCUCUAAUUUUAUUAUGUUAAAGGAUCUAACAAAUCCAAAUCAAAGGAGCCACCAGCCAAGAAUAAAAAGUUAGAUAAUGUCAGUGUAAUUAUUAUGUUUAUUAAUCUGCAAAAUACAAAUUGCAUGGUUGAUUGUCUCUGCAUAAGGUGUCAUCAUAUUUUCAAGUAACAGCUAGAAUGCUUUAAUCGGCCAAAUUGAUUUUAGUGCUUUGUAUAGUUGAAAUACAAUCUUUAUUUCAUCCAAUUAGGAUGUGAAGGGGUUCUUAUAUUAGUUUACUACCCAGUUUGGUCGAGGUUAUAUUGACAGACCUUGUUUUAUAUUUCAAAUUAUUCAUGUUAAAUUUUGUUCAAAUAUGUAAUAUUUUAAUUUCCUUC